AUGGCUAGUCAACAGCCUUCUACUCUUCCCAUUGAUCGUGAUACUCCUCCAGGAGCUGGUCAGAUUGCUGCUAGUCCGCCAAUUGAUAGCUCUACCCCUCACCAGCUCACCGCAGAGUACAAAGCUGCCAUCGCUUCUGACCCAUCUCUGCGAGCCACUGCGCCAAAACCGGAAUGGGAAGACUAUGAAACUAUCAUAGCCCAGAACCCAGAAUUAAUGGCUCCAGUUGUGACAAAUAAAGAAAAGCUGUACUACAAGUCCAAGGUUAUAUGGGAGUGUGGUCCCGAGAUCAUAACGAGCAUCAUCGAGAAAGAAUCUGGUGACAGUGGUGAGCUUCCCACUUUUAUCAAUGAAUGUCGGGGUUUGUGCUCGAAAUGCCUUGAUCCUACCAGCGAUCCAGCGCUGAGAAGCGAGGCCGUAGUCGAUGGAAAAGUGUUUUACAUGUCGUCCAAGGAUAGAUGGGGGUGUGGUCAUGACGGCAAACAGACUCGAACCGAGAUCGAGGGUGCCCCUUUGGAUAUCCGCUUGGUCAAACCUUCUACCCUCAUUAAUGAAAUGAAAGGUAUCUGUCCCACAUGCAUGGGAGAAUGGCACAAGCUCGAACCCGCGGACGGUGAUAAUGUAGCCGCGCUAAACGUUCCAUCCUGUGUCCCAGGGGGCAAUUCUAACACUCUUCCUAAGUACGACGAAGUCCUGGAAAGCAAAGACCAAAUGGACAAGAAUGAUGCAGCCGAAGAUUAUCUGCCUACCCAGCUCGGCCUUUUGGAUUUAGACGAUGGUCCAACCAAGGGCAAAGGGGUGGCACAUGCCGCGACAACUGGUAAACCUCUGCAUACUGACUCUGCUGCCACCGGCUUGACUCCUGCCGCACAGAAAUUCCAAAUGGAAGCCAAGAAUACCGAAAACGAAGUAAAUGCAUGGGGGACCCAUGCUGAUGGUGGUGAGUAUCGCCGAUAUCUCGACAAUAGGAGCUACGAAGAUGAUGGACACGAGAAGGAUGAUGCCGAUAAAGAGGGCUAUUAUGGUAGGGGCGGCCGUUAUUGCCGUUACAACACUGAUGAUGGGGAGAGCUUUGGGGCAGCGCCAAAGGUUGAAAUUGAAAUCGACCCGAAUGCCGACAUGACCGUUGAGGUGGAGAUCAAUUCUCAUGGUUAA